CAGAACAUAUAAAGCAAAGCAAUUACGUAUCAGAAGAAGAAGCACUGAAGAAAGAAGAGCUCAGGAACAAUGGCCCACCUGACACUAAUUGCCAGAGCCAGUGAUGGACUACCUCUGUCCACAUCCAUUGUCAAUGAAGAGUCUGGCCGGGAUUAUGCUGAAUACCAACCCAAGGCCAAGCAGAUAUUCCGCAAGCUGUCGUCAGUCAGCCCCCCUCGAUGCUCAAUUGAGUGUGACCCGGGUCGUAUGGUGUUCCACUACAUCCUUGAGGAGGGGAUAUGCUACCUCCCCCUGUGUGACCCCACCUAUCCUGCCAAGCUGGCCUUUAACUACCUCGAGAAUCUACACAAAGACUUCAGUAAGCAACAUGGCAACGAUGUACACAAGGCCAGUCGACCGUACCAUUUCAUUGAGUUUGGUGGUUCACCCACUUCUACGUGUGGGGGGUGGUGUGGAACUACUCUGUAUUCCUCUACUAUACCAGCCACUGUCUACUGCACACACGACUACCGCUAUUGGGCCUUGCAAUCAAGACCGUCAUUGGGAACUUUGUGUCAUCCAAAUGCAACUAUUUCUCUCAAGCUCAUUUGGAAGUGUGGCUGGUUCUACUCCUCAUUUGCCUGCAAGUGUCUCGUAGAUUGUUUGAGUGUUUGUUUGUGAGUGUGUUCUCUGAUAGCAAGAUGGCACCAGCUCAUUACAUACUCGGAGUCUACUUCUACACCGCUUUGAGACCAACAGCACUGCUGCAUUUGAAUUCAGACUCACCCCUUGCUGGCCUGAUUGUAGCCACUCUGUUGUUCCUCUGGGCCUACACACAUCAGUACCGAUGUCACGUCACCCUUGCACAACUCAGAGCAGUCAAGAACAAGUUUGAGGACUAUCCAAACAACAAACAAAUUUUUAUUUCCAUUUGUUUAUUAGUUGCUAAUAUGCUAUGUACAUGCAGUACUGUAUGGUAUCAUUCAUAUUCUCCAAUCAAUAAUCUAUCAAAUUAAUGAUCGAAAAAAUUAAUUUUGAAUUUGCAGUGAAUAAUAAUUGACGCUUCUUAUGCUAUUAUUUGUACAUGCAGUACAUGGUACAUUGAAUUAGUAUGACAUCAUUUAUUGUUCAAUCAAUAAA